AUGCAGCGGGGCGGGAACGGCACCGGGAGAGCCGGCAGCGGCACCGGGAACAUCGGGAAUAACUCCGGGAAUAACUCCGGGAAUAACUCCGGGAAUGCCCGGUGCCUCAGCCGCUCCCGGGAGCUGCUGGAAGCCGCCAACGCCGCCCCGCAGCGGCUGAAGGAAUCCAACACCCUGGGAUUUGAGUGCACCCUUGAGGAGGUGGAUCUGCAGGACAUCACUGAGAGCCAGAUGAACACCCUCAGAGCCUGCACAGCUGAGGAUCCAGGGCCUGGAAAUUGCCCCACCCUGGAAAAAUCAACUUUGGAUGAGGGAAAAUGCCUGCAGGGCAUCUCUGAGGACGUGAGAGCCUACAGGGCACAGCUGAGGACCCUCCCCGACCCCCAGCUGCUGGCAGCUCUCGAUGGGAUGAUGGAGGCCCUGGGCAGCAGCAGCGGGCGGGUUCGGGAGGCGCCGCUGGGAUCAUCGGGAUCACCGGGAUCAUCGGGAUUGGGAUCAUCAGCAUCGGGAUCGUCGGGAUCAUCGGGAUUGGGAUCAUUGGGAUCAUCGGCAUCGGGAUCCAUCGGGAUCGUCGGGAUCAUCGGGAUUGGGAUCAUCAGCAUCGGGAUCGUUGGGAUCAUCGGGAUUGGGAUCAUCGGGAUUGGGAUCAUCGGGAUCAUCAGCAUCGGGAUCAUUGGUAUCAUCAGGAUUGGGAUCAUCAGGAUUGGGAUCAUCGGCAUCAGGAUCAUUGGGAUCAUCAGGAUUGGGAUCAUCGGGACCGUUGGGAUUGGGAUCAUCAGGAUCACCAGGACUGGGAUCAUCGGGACCGUUGGGAUUGGGAUCAUCGGGAUCAUCGGACUGGGAUGGGCGCCGUUCCCGGAGCGGCUGCGGCUCUGCGGGGUCCUGCAGGCUCUGCGCGUCCGCAGCGUCACCAUCUGCAGGGUGCUGAGCUUCCUCAGCUCCCCCUGAGCCCGGGAAUCUCCCACUGAGCAUCCCACGGAAUUCCCACGAGCUGUUUUUAGGGAGUUGUG